AUGCAAGAUGAAUACUCCAAGUCAUUCAAAUACCAUAUACGACCAAACAACUCCAAGGAUAAAGAUGGAAUGUUUGCAUAUGAGCUUCACAAACUAGAUCAGCAAGGAAAUCCUAUUGAUACGAGGAUUGGUAUGGUUGACUUUGUGGAGCGUAAGCUGAUUUGCUCAUGCAAGAUGUUCGAGAAGUGUGGAUGGCUUUGUCGCCAUGUGUUGCGCGCAAUAGAUCACCUCGGCUAUGGAGGACACCCAGAAAUCCUGAAUAUUCACACACGCUACAUCUUAAAGAGGUGGACAUAUGAUGCAAAAUCUGGAGAUUUCACACUACCGACAAUACAAGAUACAGCAGAGAGGUUUGGCCAGCCUAGCACAAGCACGGAAGCAGAAUUGAAUCCAACAAGUUCAGAGAGUGAACCACAUUGGGCGAAAGCAUUAAAAGUCAGGACUGAUCCAUUUAAAUCAAGGACAAGGAGGAAGAAUCGUAUUGAAAUCAUUCGAGAAAGGAGAAGACAGACAAAGUUACAAGAAAGGGCAGCUGAAGGAAAGUAA